AUGACCAAAAUUUUCGACAACCUCGAUCCGGAUCUAUUCCGAAAGUACGCCUUCUGGAGCACCGUGCUGGUCCUUAAAAUGUUUGCCGUGGCCCUGCAGACAUCGCGGAUGCGAUUUAAGAAAAAGGCUUUCAUCAACCCAGAAGACAUCGCUCAACUCAACCAAAAGUCCAAACACAAGUUGGAGCCCAAGUUUAACGAUCCCGACGUGGAACGUGUUCGCCGAGCCCAUCGCAACGAUUUGGAGAACGUGCUGCCGUUCUGUUUGGUGGCCUUUCUGUACCUGCUAACCGGUCCACACCCGCUGAUUGCGGCCAACCUGAUCCGGCUGGCGGCCCUGGCCCGGAUCUGCCACAGCGUCGUGUACGCGUUCUACCCGGUGCCCCAACCGGCCCGGUUCCUGAGCUUCGCGGCCUGCCUGCUGGUCACCGGGUACAUGGCCGCCCAAUGCGUUCUGUUUUAUUUUUGAGCGGGAUUUAGUUUUUUUUUUUUA